AGGCUGAGCGCGAAAUUUGAAAUGUGAUGGGACCAGCAGCGUCUCGGAGGAGAAAAACAAGAGCAAUGAUGCGAAUUUUCUAGACAGGAAACGAUCAAUCUAACGGAAUUAAAGGAUACAAACAAAUUCACUGCUGUUUUCUUGGGAGACAUUUUUUUUUUAACUUAAAGCAGAAUGGAUGUCGCCUCGUAUUUACAGUGUUUUGAAAGCAGUUUGACCUCAUACACAGGGGACGACCCGCUCGACCACUGGGUCAAGUUUGUGGAGAACCUGGAGCAGAGACUACCUGCAGGUGGUGGCAGUGGGAUGUUGCUGGUGUUUGACCGUCUUGUCCAGAGAUUUUUGAAUGUUGAGCAAUACACAAAUGACCUCAGAUAUGUGAACUACUGCAUCAAAUGUGCGAGUUAUUAUUCAGACCCAGUUGCACUAUACAGCUGCUUCUUUAGUAAGGGCAUCGGCACCAGGACUGCUGCCCUUUACGUGGCGUGGGCGCAGCAGUUUGAGCAGAAAGGAAUGAAUGAGCAGGCUGAUGCGGUGUACCAGAAAGCGCUGGAGAACCAAGCCCAUCCAGCCAGCGUUGUUCUCCAUGAAUACAAGCAGUUUCAAACCAGAACCAGAAGUGAGGCAGCAGUGUCGGGAAGUCGAAACCCUCUGCAAAACUCCAAUUUAACCAAUCAGAUGUCCCACAGAGAGCCCGUCACUCAGAAUAAGCAGGUACCUCUGGACUCCCAAUCCACCUGUGGGCCUGCAAACAAAGUGGUCAUUACAGUCUCUCGCUCUGAGACUUCAGGAGCGAUUCCCUCCAGUCAGAGCUCCAGCGUUCAGACCGUGGCAGAGUACACGAAAGAAGACCUCAUCUGUGAAGGAUCUGAGCUGUGCUUCGAGGAGGUCCGAGCUCAGAAUUACUUCCACAAGCUCCGGGAGCAGAAGGAGAACGAGCUCCGGGAGCAGAAGGAGAACGAGCUCCGGGAGCAGGAGGAGAACGAGCUCCGGGAGCAGGAGGAGAACGAGCUCCGGGAGCAGGAGGAGAACGAGCUUCGGGAGCAGGAGGAGAAUGAGCUCCGGGAGCAGGAGGAGAACGAGCUUCGGGAGCAGGAGGAGAACGAGCUUCGGGAGCAGGAGGAGGAGAACGAGGAGAAAGACUUAAUGACAAUCACGCUGAGUAAGGGGGAGGCGAUAAGUAAGUGGUUGAUGGAGAAAGUUCACCAUGUUCUGGAAAACCAGGGAGGUUUAACCAGCCAGACGUCAUCCCAGAGGCCGCCUGUGUCAGAAACAGCUAACAGUCUGAGCCUGUGUCAGCCUUCCUUCGAGCGUCCUCCACCUUCAAACCGUCUCAGCAGCCGGCGCUCUCUCGGCUUGAGAUUACACUCCGAUCCGACCUUCAUCCGAGAGGCCGCCGCUCUUCACGUACCUCCUCACCAGCAGCGCAUCGACGGGACUGCAAACAUACCGUGCUCAGCGGUAUCCCAUCAUCCCUCUGUCCUGGCUGACAGGAGCGUGGGCCUGCAGAGGUCUGCGGCUAGCUCAGUGCCCACAGGUGAGGAGUCGGUCCUCCGGGUCUCAGUGGUCCAGCCUCCCUCGGUUCAGCAGCCCGUGAGCUUUGAGACCGCAGACCUGCAGCUCCACAGAGCCGCCUGCAGCUCGGCUGUGAAUGCUGACGUUCUCAGCAGCUCAGACAGCUCCCCCCCCCCGGAGCUCAACGCUUCACACCAGCACGCCGGUCAGCCUGCGGAGCCCCAGGAGAAGCUCGAUGUCUCACAGGGAGCCACAGCUAACCUGUCUCACAUCACUCCUAACAACUCACUCGGCUUUGUUCAGGCCACGCCGUCGCGGGUGCUGCCGUCACCUACCGUCAACACACGGGAGGCACUGGGUGUGAUCAUGGACAUGUUCCAGGCCCCAACCUUCUUAGAGGAACCAUUCAGCAGCACAUCAGUGCUCCACGCCGCUGAGAAGGAGCCUGACGCUGGAUUCUGGACAGACGGAGGAGCCUCCUCGUUCCCUAAGCCUCCCGCUACAGCUGCGUUCACCAUCUUUCAGGAUGACGACAAUAAAGAAAACAGCAGCGCCGCUGCUCCUGCUGCUGCUGAGAGGUCUAAAGCAGUCAGAGCUCUGGCUGAAAUCUCGCUGUCGAAGGCAGACAAACCCAACGAGACCCCUCCAGAUCUGAUCCCGGAUGAGAGCACCAUGUGGGGAGCUCGCUACAACUCCCUAAACUCGCUCGCCGCCUGUCCCAACAGCACCUCAGACUUCGCCAUGCUGGCCCAGGUUGUCUCCACACCGUUCGCAUGUAAAAAAAAUUUCAGCGGCGACUUCUUUGAAGAUCAAGAGAACAAACGUGAUGAUUGUGAAGCUGAUGACGACGCUUAUAUGAGACGUCAGACCAAAAAGCUGAGCCCCAUCUUGGAGCAGAGUCCGAGCGACGAGAAGCUCUCUGAGACCGCCGUCAGUCAGCUGGUGCCUUCCUCUGCCAGGCAGGGCACCAUCGUCGGAGAGGGGCUGACCAUGGCCCAGCACUGCCUCACCACCUCCUCCAUCACCAUGGUGCAGCCGCCUCCUCCCACUGUGCUCUCCUUCAGGGACCAGACUAUCUAUCCCAUCGACUCCUCCAGGACAGCAGGGCCUGGCUGGGAGGUGUACACAAGCCCUGAGCAGCCACCCAAACAGGCCUCCUUCAUCUCAGUUAGACCCAAAAGCAAACCUUUUAAGAUCAUGGAAGACGUAGAGAAACCUGCCAGCCCACAACAAGUCCAGAAUCAGGUCUGCGAUGUUCCGAUGAGCCCUGAGUGCGCUCUCAGACCGGACUGGCUCGCCGUCAGAAGCCCAGAGGCCACGGUCGAGCCAGACCUGGAUGCCUUUCUGAGUCCCCGUCAGUCCAAAAACUCGGACGUGCCCAUGAGUCCAGAGCAGCCACAGCUCUGUGCUGACGUGCCCAUGAGCCCGACACCCAUCAGCAGCGUGGAUGAACCCAUGAUGAGUCCAGACAGGGGGCUGAGGCCGAGCGCUGACGUGUCCAUGAACGCAGACACAGAGCAAACAGGGGCGGUCCAGCUGGUGUCAGAUCCUUGGGAUACCGAACUGAUCUCCAGCCUGCUGUCUGGACUCAGCCCGCCUCUCACCGCUCACCCCCGCUGCACCACCUGGCAGUGCAACAUACCGAACAUCACCCCGAAAAUGACCAUCAGCAUGGGAAAGCAGUCUCUCCGAGUUGACUGCAUUCUUGGAGAGGGCGCCUUUGCGACAGUUUACCAGGCUACCAAGCCCGUGACCUUAGAGAAGAUGGUUUUAAAGGUUCAGAAGCCGGCCAAUCCAUGGGAGUUUUACAUCAACACUCAGCUGGACGCUCGGCUGCAGCCCGACACGCGUCGGCUGUUAAGCAGCAUGCACUCGGCUCACCUCUUCCACAACGGGAGCGUGCUGCUCGGCGAGCUUCACAGCUACGGCACCCUGCUGAACGCUGUGAACAUGUACAAAACCCUGAGUGACAAAGUGAUGCCUCAGCCUCUGGUCAUGUACUUCACCAUCUGCAUCCUGCACACGGUGGAACAGCUGCACAGUGUCCACAUCGUCCACGCCGACAUCAAACCCGACAACUUCCUGCUGGGAGAGAGGUUCUUGGAGAACAAGUGUUUUGAUUCGGAGAGCGCGGACCACGGCCUCGUCCUCGUCGACUUCGGACAGAGCAUCGACAUGGAGCUGUUCCCCGAAGGCACCGCGUUCACCGCCAAGUGUCUGACAUCGGGCUUCCAGUGCACCGAGAUGCUGAGCGGGAAGCCGUGGAACUACCAGACCGACUACUUCGGGAUCGCGGGGACCGUGUACUGCAUGCUGUUUGGGACGUACAUGCAGGUGACAAACGAAGGUGGCGUGUGGAAGACAAACGCCGUGUUCAGGAGAAACCCUCACAGCGACUUGUGGCUGGAGCUGUUCCACACGCUGCUGAACACGCCGGACUGCGGCUCGCCGCCGAGCCUGCGGAGCCUCCGCUGCCGGCUGACGGCCGUGCUGCAGGAGAACUACAGCAGCAAACUGGCCUCGCUCAAGAGCCGCCUGGUGGUGCUGCUGCUGGAGAACCGCAAGGCGGCGCGGAGAUGAAGGGGGGGCGGUCGCCCUCUGGAGUCGCUUCUGUUUCAACGUGUUGCUGUGGACGCGUCACCGGAGGAGGAGUGGACCAGCUCGUUUUGACUUUUACAAACGGAAAAUAUUUUUACUCUUUUAGGUCGUUUUUUCAUUGAAUUUGUUUCCAAACUGCCACGAGUCUGUUUUUGUUUUUGUUUUUUCUGGUGAACAAUAAACGAUAAAGUCUG